GAAAGGUUUGGCGUCGCGGUGGAUGAGGACGGCUCAAACGAAAGAUGAAGGAAGAGUCACGGUGUUGAUCAAGGCAUAGGUACCUCGGCCUCUCGACAGGUAACCUUAAGGUCACGUGAAUGAUCUCUACGAAACGAUUUUUUUGCGUCAGGCCUCAAUCUACACACGCCGGAUUCAUCGCUCAAACCCUAUUAUUUUCACGAAUAUUCAAGGUUUUCCCUACUGCAAAGGCCGCGGAUAGGCGACAUGCCAGAGAGUCAGGAGGAGAAGAAAGCACGGAGAGAAAGGGAGAAAGCGCUGAGAGACAUAGCAAAAGAAGUGAUAAAGGACUACAAGGACCAGUAUAGAGUUGACCAUCACGUAACAACUGGAGCGGAUAGUGGAGAAGGGGCUUUCGUAUCAGAAAUGGCACCGGAUGUGGUCAAAGUCGUGGUCGAUAAGGGGAGCGAGAGGGGCUACGUGGAAAUCGCUGGUGGAGGGUUAGAGGCUUUCUUUAUUAGAACGAGCCCUGAACAAAGUGGAUUUUCAGUCGCUGAGCUGCAAAAUGGCCAAAUGUGUAUGAUUAACGGACGUUCUACUGUGGUCUAUAUUCGGCCCCGCUAGGAGGAGGCCUCAAUAUUCGAAUCCUUAAUCUCCCAAUAUUCCAGGACUACCC